GAGAAACACCAAGGUUCCCAUUCUGGAAUGAUGCCAGUACCAGAUAGAGCUAAAAACCACAGACUCGAGGCACCUGUGGUAGCAAAUGCAGGUAGGAGCAGCAGACUCAAGGCACCUGUGGUACAAAAUGCACCUAAAAGCAGCAGACUCAAGGCACCUGUGGUACCAGAUCCACAUAAGAACAGCAGAAUCAAGGUGCUGGCAGCCACUAAAGUGUUGAAUCCUCGAGAUUUUGUGUGCAUUCAGGCUUUGCCUGGCUUUGCUCAGAAGGAAGGAAAGGUCUUGGCCAGAAGCAGAACAAUUUACAGAAGCAGUGAACCUCCAAGAGAACAAGUGUUCUGGGAAAACUACCACAGGAGGCAAAAGCAAUUCACUCAGGGACACUUCACCCCCACUGGGAAGCCUUAUCGGGAGCUUGGAGAGAUUCUCUACACAGACCCGAAGAAACUUACCCUCUACUCUUUGGGGCAGCUUGCACAGGAACCAGUGAAAAAAGAUGUGCAGGAAAAACCGCCCAAAGAAGUGGCUGAGGUUACUACUAACAAGUACUCUUUCAAUCCAGAGUCUGAUCCACUGGAACCAGUGAAGAGGCUCUCCCCAUUUAGAGAAACAAGAAAGGAGCUGAGGACUCUUAGUAAAGCUCUAGCUCACUCAAGGCAUCAUAUCAAUUUUGUGAAGCAAGGUGGAGAAUACUUUCAUAUACUUCACCAAGAAUCACUGGAGAGGAGGAACACGCUGAAAGCAGCCCAGCAGGCUCAGGGCACAAGAUGGAGAACUGAGUUCCAGCCACCCAAACACUCCUCUGAUGUGGAGGAGUCAGAGGAAGAAAUAAGCACUUGCUCUCUAACAGAAGGCAACCACCUGAGGAAGUCGGGGAUGAAGAAAAAAAAGAUGACCUUACGGUCUUUCAUUCCUGUUUAUACCAGUGUCUUGAUUCCAAGCCCCCCUGGAGCAAAAAGUGAACAUCUUUUCCGACAACUGUGUGCCAUACACUGGCUUUUGGAAGCUUUGACUCUUGAAUCCAGCAGUUCGAUGCAUUCCAUAUUAACCUGUUGGAAUCCAACGGACCCUGGUGGUUGUAAAAAAACAGUAAAAGAAAUUGAAGAGGAGAAGUUAGCAACAUACAUGUGGGAGCUCUUUAUUACAAACACAAAGAAAUGCACCUGGAAAGCACGAUACAGUCCACUUAGCAGGAAGAUAAACAAGACAUCUACUCUAGGUAUCUCUCAGCUUAGCAGUCAGUCAUCUCCCUGUGGUCAAACCCCUCGUGGCAGCGAAACUUCCACUGUACUUUACUCUGAAGACAACGUCAAGAUUAAUGUAGCUUCAUCUGAUGUUGUGAGUGAGUCAGCACAAGCUAAAGAACAACCACCUCUUUUCCCCUCCCUACAGAAAGUUGUCCAGAUAACACACGAAGAGGUGUCAAAAGAAGUCCAUAAACAAGAAGAUAUGGUUAAGAAGACUGGACUGCAGCGUUUGUUGCCAGUGGCUCAGAACUACAGAGUAAACAUGCCAUUCAUUAAGGACCAAGAGAGUAUAAUAUCAAGGAAGCAGAGGCCCAGAAGGCAGGGUUGCAGCUGCCAUAUCAGCUCUUUCAUUAAAAGCAAAUCUAACUUGUGUGCCGAUAUGAGGCAAAAGUUCACAGCAGUACGUGAAGAAGCAGCUUGUUGUUUACAUGAUGCCCUAGUGAGCCUUGAGAGGAGGCAGGAAGAGCGAUGUUGUCAAAAAUACCAGGCUUUGAAACAAUUGAAGUAUUUCAGAAGAGUCAUGGAAAGAAUAAGACAGCUGGGCAUGAGAGCCGAAAGAGAACAUGAUGAAGAUGGACUAAACUGGUUUCCUGUAUUGCUUGCCAGACUCCCAGAGUCUGUGAAGAGUGACCGUUAUGUACAGAACAUCUUAAAGAAACUGGAAAAAUAUGGCAAGACUCCUGACUUGAAAAUUCAUCCAGACACCUUUCUUAAGGCUCUGGCUGAUCUACAGGUGUGGGAGCUGUGUUCUCCAGAAAUUGCUGCAGCUGUGGAGUUUGUACGUGAAAGUAUUGUGCAGAUGCCAGAAGAGGAUUUCAGCGAGUGGUUUCAGACAAGAGUAGCCCUCCUCAGUGCACAGUCCUCCACCUUUUAAUCAAACAGCCAGAUGAGAUGGUUUUCCAGCUACAACUGUCUUCAAGCAGAAAACUACUGCCUGUUGAGAUCUGCCUCAAGGAAGACUGGGGAAGGGGAGUUAACUUCAGGAAAUCCCACUGACCACUCUUGCACAACUGAAAUUUGUCCCUCUACAGUGCUCCGCGGGCUGUAGUCGGCCAUAGAAAAUAAAAGCUAAAUACUGUUGCUCCUUGCUGUAUGAUGUCUUGGACACACCAUCAAAUUUCAGCCUCAUCUAACCAUGUGGGAUGAAGACUGAGUUUCUAAUCACAGGUCAGGUCAUUUCUUCAGACAUUCCUCUAACGAUACCUACUGUAU